AUGAAGAUAGUCGGCGGAGGAGCGGCGCGGACUUUAUUAUUCGGGAUCAUCAUCAUCUGCGGAGUGAUUCUGUUCGACUGUGGGGACGCAUUGGCAGGCAGCGAGAUCUACGCGAAGACGUUCCCGAGCCAGCAACAUCCGUCGGAUCCGUGUUACGACGAGGACAGGCCACGCCGAUGCAUCCCGAAUUUCGUGAACGCGGCGUUCGGCGCGGCGGUGGAAGCUUCGUCGACCUGCGGAAGCGGCGGGCCCACGAGGUACUGCGACGUGAUCGAACAGCCGGGUGGUAGCACGGGCAUAGGUCAGUGCCAUAUCUGCGACGACAGUACGCCACGGCGUCGAUUCCCCGCGAGCUACCUCACCGACGUAAGCAAUCCGAACAACGUGACCUGCUGGCGGAGCGAGCCGCUCGUCACCUUGCAGAGUUUCUCCGCGCCGCCAGACAACGUGACCUUGACCCUCUCCCUUGGAAAGAAGUACGAACUGACCUACGUUAGCCUGCAGUUCUGCCCGAAGGCAGCGAAGCCGGAUUCCAUCGCUAUUUACAAGUCGAUGGACUAUGGGAAAACGUGGCAACCGUUCCAGUUCUACUCGUCGCAGUGUCGCAGGGUGUACGGCAGGCCGAAUCGAGCGACCAUCACCAAAGCGAACGAGCAAGAGGCGAGAUGCACCGACAGCCAUCGGUACACCGGUGGUAACGGCCUCGCGCCCGUCGGCAGGAUCGCCUUCAGCACCCUCGAGGGUCGACCGUCGGCCUCCGACUUUGAUAACUCGCCGGUCCUCCAGGAUUGGGUCACCGCCACCGACGUCCGCGUCGUUUUCAAUCGGCUUCACAUACCCCAGCAACCCUCGUCGCAGGAACAACAACAACAACAAGUCUUGCAGCUAGGUGGUGGCAAUGGCGACGAUCACGGCCUCGGCCUUGAAGAGUUGGCGAAACGCGAGAGGGAAAGAGAGGAGAGAUUGAAGAACCAGCAGAAGAGCUCGGCCCGUGGUGCUGGUGGUUUACUCGAUCCAUUGGCCACCGCUUUGCCCUCGGUCCAUCAGGUUAUCGCGCCGCAGGAGAUGCAAUCGAACGACGCGGUGGAUGACGGUGAGAGCGGUGGAUUCGCUGCGGCGGCCGUCACCGUCUCCACCAGCACGAGCAGCACCCUUGCGAGCAAUCUCGGCACCAGCACGCUUGCUCAUCAUUACGCCGUCUCGGACUUCGCCGUCGGCGGCAGGUGUAAGUGCAAUGGCCACGCGGCAAGGUGCAUCCAAGGCAAGGACGGCGAGGUCGCCUGCGAGUGCAGGCACAACACCGCUGGCAGAGACUGCGAGAGAUGCCGCCCGUUCCACUUCGAUCGACCAUGGGCACGAGCCACUGCCAGAGAUGCCAACGAAUGCAAAGGUUAG